GCUCCCUGCACCCUGUGCCAGCCCAGGAGAUCACCCAGGACACAGGGGAUAAUGCACACACUACACACCCCAUUGACCAGGACAGAGGGGGCUGAUGUUCCCCAGUCCUGGGUGAGGUGGCUACAGUGCUAGGGGGAUGCUCAGUGAAGGGCUCAACCUCAGCUUGGGGAGGCGCCCUCUGUCCUCCCUGGGGCUCAUGGUGUGCUUGCCCAGCUGGCCACACUCCCACCUGCCUGGGAAGGUGUCUGCUCUCCCCACCUGCCUGGGAAGGUGUCUGCUCUCCCCACCUGCCCCCACUGGCUGUGGGACUUGCUCCCAUGAACCUCAGACAUGGUUCAAAGUGUUCAACCCUGAGCCCUGGGAACAUCCAGGUGGGCCCAGGCCAGGACUUCAUGGCGAUGUGAAAAAACAGCUCUAGUCCCAGUAGAUCUGAAACAAGUCUGAGCACGGGAUGACCUCCCACCGCAGGAACUGGUGCCCAUGCCAGCAUGUCCAGCCCCACUGCUACCCCAGCUGUGUGCCCACAACCAGCCUCUUGUGCCCUCCAGCACAGCCCUGUGGUGCUUCCUGCCCCAACUCCACAGCCUGCAGUCAGAACUAACACAACCCACGACAGCAAAAGCCCAAGCCCCCCAGGUGUCUUUUGACAGCACCUUCCCACGUUCCUCUUUGUGUGUGUGCCAGGCUUGGCCCGUCACUGCUGCCUAAAUGUGUCACAAGGCCACAGGGGGACCUUAACCUGGUCACUUAUGAGCCACGUGGCGCCCUGGCUGCUAUAAAAGCUCGUGGUGCCCAGGGGUUCAGACUAUCUCCUUUCAGGAUGGCAUUCCUGUGGGUAGUUGCCUGCCUGGCCCUUGCCAGCACAGUCUCAGGCUGCGGGGUGCCCGCCAUCAGUCCCUCGGUGGCCUACAGCGAGAGGAUUGUCAAUGGGCAGAACGCCGUGCCCGGCUCAUGGCCCUGGCAGGUGUCCCUGCAGACCACCACAGGAUCCCACUUCUGCGGUGGCUCCUUGAUCAACCAGUACUGGGUCGUCACAGCUGCCCACUGCAACUUCAACCCACGUUCCCACGUUGUUGUCCUGGGGGAAUACAGCCUUACUUCCAACAGCGAGCCCGUCCAAGUGAAGACCGUGUCCAGGGCCAUCACCAACCCUGGCUGGAACCCCAACACCAUGAACAAUGACAUCACCCUGCUGAGGCUGUCCACGCCUGCCCAGCUGGGGGCCCGUGUGUCCACCAUCUGCCUGGCCCCUGCCAACCUGGCUCUGCCCUAUAACGCCUGGGCUGUCACCACCGGCUGGGGACGCACCAACCCCAACUCCCAAGCCUUGGCAGCAGUCCUGCAGCAGGUGACCGUGCCCCUGAUCUCCCAGAGCCAGUGCAUGCAGUACUGGGGCAAUCAGAUCACCAGCUCCAUGAUCUGUGCCGGUGGGGCUGGUGCCACCUCCUGCCAGGGUGACUCUGGUGGACCUCUGGUGUACCAGACUGGGAAUGGCUGGACCUUGAUUGGCAUUGUCUCCUGGGGAUCCUCCAACUGCAACAUCAACACGCCGGCCAUGUACACUCGUGUCAGCCAGUUCCGUAACUGGAUCGAUGCUGUUGUUGCUCAGGGGUAAAGCUGCUGCCAGCCUGAUCCCUUCACUGGCAUUAAUAAAGUAAUAAAGUAGCAGCUUUUGCUUGGGCCAAGCACUGUCUCUGCCUCCUUUCUUCUCAUGAUGCAGAAUGGGGUGGAAGAUACAUGGAGGAGCCUGGGGCUUCUCUGCUUCCCAGAGCUGGAGCUUGGUGCCCAACUGGGACCCAGGGGGAACUGCCAAACUAGGACAGGAUGCUCAGGAAGAGGGGGAGCAGGGCUGGCUGGGGCUCAGGGGGUCUUCAAGCACACCCUGGCACCAAUCCAGGCAGUGCUGAAGGUUGGGAGAAUGGUCCUCCCACUGACCUAGGUGCCACCAGGGAAGGGAGUGUGGAGCUGCAGCUCAGCACCAGAAAGGAUUGCCCAGCUGCAGUGGGAGGUGGGUGUUGGUGGGGGCACAGCACCCUAAAGGAUCCCUGCCUGCAGUUUAGAGCCAUGACUCGUGUAGCAGCUGAGAACACAGCUGAAAGGGAGAAGUGCCACAGGCAGCUCCAGCUCCUGGGGAUGGUGGAAGGGGAUGGCUGGAGGACAGCACACUGCUUCACACCUGCAGAUCUGCCAGGUAGCAGCAGGAAACUGCAGGCAAUUGCAAACGAAAAUUUGAAUCUGAAAACAAAUUUCAAGCCAGGUGACAGGCUUUUACUCAAAUGGGUUCCUGAGACAAUGGCUGGUGGGGGAAAAAAAAAGUCUUGUGUGACAUGGGAGUAGCAAGACACAUGCUCAAUGAAUUACAAUCCAGCUCCCAGCAGCUCCAAAUAGAGCUGGUGAUAAGGCACUGUGGAGAGAAGCAGGAUCAGACUGUCCCAACAGGAGGUGUGGGGUUUAGUUUUCCUUACCAGGGAUGUGAAGGUGAUACUGUGUGAAUCACAGCCCCCAAAGUGUAAUCACUCUGUUAAGCAGAGAGUGACAUUACACAGGGACACACUGAUGGGAGGGGUAUGGAACAUCAAUGGAAGGCAAACAUUAACAAUCAGGCCCAUAUGAUUGAGUUAAAUACAAAUCUGCUCAAGUAAAGCCUAGGGCUAACAAAUUUUAGUGGUCAAUAGAGUUAGAGUUUUUUUAGUGGUUUGCCCUGCAGGGAGCAUCUAACUGACCUUAAAGGCAAGUGAACAGGGAUGUGGGGAUGGACCAUGCAGGCAGAGAGAACUGGGGCUAUAGGGAACUUCAAACAGGAAUGACCAACUGCAGCACUGUGGGUCACCUGGUCUGUGUGCUGGGCUCUCUGUCAGCUCUGCCCCACUGGGAUGGGGUCCCCUGCCCUUGGAAAAUCCUGGAGAAGAGGUGUCUCAAGAGGGGUGUGCAUUGUUCACAAGUUUUCCUGUUCGUCCAUAAAAGCUGCUCAGAGUAAAACUGGAGAGGUGAUGAGUGGCUGUGGACAAACCAGAGCAUUCCUCUGGCCCAGUCUACCACCUUGCAGCCAAUGAAAAAUAAACAGAAUGUCCCAAAGUGCCUGUUCAGCCUCCCAGCUGCACCUUCCAGCCACAGGCUGAGUGCCUGCCUCAUCCAGGGCACCCCAAGGACAUCCCAGCCCUGCACAAGGUCUCCCUUGGGCAGCUGCAGUACAGAAACCAGCAAACCCUCUGAUGGGCACUUUGGUACUGUUGCUGUGAUCUAUGAACAUAACAGAGGGGUGAGCACCUCCUGGGUCUCCAUGGACUUACUGACCAUCAUUCCCAGCCUGGAAAUCAGGCCUGGAAUUGCCUUCCAGCAGCCAGCCUGCAGGUGAUCCACCAGGCACAAGUAAGGACAGCAGAGCCGUGGGGUACACAGAAUACAUGGACAUGUUUUAGCAGAACGAGUACAACAAAUAAAUAAUUCUGUACACUCUAAUGUGAACAUUACAGACUAAUUACAAUGGGUCCCACCUCAUGUGACAGGACAGUCCUUAGAGUAAAGCCAGGACUCAAAAGGCAAGGCACAGAACAGGACACUGGAUGUGACACAGACCGAGCGGGUGAGACCAGAGUCGCUUCCAAACCGUUCCAACCCAGCAGCGGAAACUGGGCAACCAAAAAUAACAGCAAGUGCAGGAAGAUGUCAGAUUCCAAGGGCUUCCUGGGAGGUCCUUCCGUAGGGAAAGGCCACAGGAAAGCUCAGGGCAUCAGAGCUGCUGCUUUGUAACACCAGGAGCUGCUGCUUUGUAACACACUCACUGCUCCAGGAACCGAUUCCACAUUCAGCAAACAAACAGUGCAGUGCCCUCUGCAACAGCAGCCAGAGCUCGCCCAUCACACAUCUGCAGCAUCACCAGGCAGGGGAGGACAGUGGGAAAGGGACAAUUGUCACAGGCAGAGCCCCCACUGCCCCUGGCACACUGAGCUCUGUGAUGCCGCUCGCCACAGCACAUCCCUGGUGUUCACAUUUAUUUCUUUGGGAAGUUUCCUGCACAGUAAGGCACAGCUGACAUGCAGGCACCUGCCUUGGAGUGCUGCACUCAUAGUCCAGGGUGAGAGAGCAGACUGAGUGGUCAAAAAAAGCACCAAAACCCUCCCAAGAGUGGUGAAGGCAACUUGGGACUGGGUUCAUGCAGGGUGGUACAGGCACUUUGUGACACUUUCCAGGAGAAAACUGAGUGGGUGAGAGGCCUGGACAACCCAACCUCCCUGCAAAUUCUAGGGCUCACACUGGUGCCAAAGAAGCCAAUGUCUGUGUUGCUUUGCAUCAUUUAGAAAACGAAAUUAAGUCAAACAAUUGAGAUUUUAAUUUAUCCCACCUCAAACCCCCCAAAUCUUCAAUAUCAUUACUUAAACCAAUACAGCCCCACACAGCCUAACCAGAAGCUGUAACAGCCACACAGUGGUUGCCCUAUGUGGUACAAGACUGAGCUGAGCCUGCACUGCAGGUCCUCAAAGGCACCAUAUGGAAGCUUCUCCCUGCCCCUGGACUUGCCACAGCUCCUGCAGAGCCAAACCCAGAGCUGCUGCCCAUCAUUCCUAUUCCAGUUUGUGCAUCAGAUAAAAACUGACUCUCUCAGUACUGUAGCCAAACACCCAGGUAGAAAAAAGGACUGAGCAAUAGGGCAGGGCCUCAGAAACAGUGUAAAUCACCAGAACAGAAAAUAUCUCACCUAAAAGAGGAAAAUGCCCAGAUUCCAAAGGAAAGCAUGAGGGUUUAUCACAUCCAGAACAAACACGUGAAGCAGGCCCUGCACUGCAGCUGCUUUCCACAUCACUGCCAAAGCCAAGUCUGAGCCCAAGCCCCUCACAAGGCUCUCAAGCUCUCCUCCACGUACAGCUGUGUGCUUCCAAGAACAACACAGGGCAGGAGCAUCUGGAUGCUAUCACAGCUGCAGUGUUCAACAGCACAGGCUUCUUCAGGAAGGGUGGUUUCUACCCCCACUGGGCUGAUGUGUUAGGAUUUUCAGAAGCCUGAAGGAGAAGUAAAUAAAAAAUGGACUGAUAACUGCUAUUUUAGGAAAAUACACUACACACUCAAAAACCUGGAUGCAAAUCUUUAGACUCCUUAAUGCAAUUUUUGUAAGACUUUUUCACAUUCUUUUCCAAUAACCUUCAACAAAAAUAAUAAAAAUCAAGGAACCAACAGGCCACAUUCUUUGAAGCUGUAAUUCUCUCCCCUGAGAGAGCAGCCAAACUCCCAGGACAAAAGGAUGGGAUUGUUUUACACAGUACUGCUAAGUUCCAAAAGACAAACUACCCUAAUUCCCUUUUUACUCCUCAAAGAGCAGCGAGGAGGGGGCUGUGCUGGGACAAGGACACACCACAAUUUGCCACUAGGUGUCAUUCCAACUCCACCUCCCCUGCGUGAGCCAGAGCAGGCAAAACAGAAGCACUGAGAUUUGUAGUGGUCUGGAACAGGCAGGUGUCACUUCUGUCCUCCCUGCACAUUCAGGAGGGAAGCUUCCCAAAAACACCCUGUGAGCCUAAUUAAGAACCACCAUUAAGAGUCAAAGAAGGACAUUAAAAAAAAAAUAAAUGAAAGAACAGAAAAAACCAUUUCAGAGAGAUUUUAGUUUCUAAAAUCCCCAAAAAAGGCACUCCUGAAAAAUGUAAACUCCUGAGAUUUAAGACCAACUGAGCACUGAGCUGCUCCUGUGGAAUGAAGACAGAUGAUCAAGGUAAUUCACAGUGAAGAGCUUCUUAGAGGACAGAUUGAAGGCACCUGGACCAUGGCUCAGAAUUACAGCACUUUGCCUGUCCCCCUCCACACCAGACCAACUGAAAACCUGUCCCACUUGCAAGAAUAAAAGCACCUGAGGAAUUGUUCUUAAGCUGGACCUUCCAACGUGGCAUUUGGAACACCACAGUUUUCCAGACUGAGGGAAAGAUCUCUGAGGACUCCAGGGUCACUUGGACAGAGCUCUGCUCAUCUCCCCUCUGGCCACAUGUUAUUGUCUGGCUGCAAAGCUCCUAUGAAUAUUGGAUUUAGAAACAGAAGAGGGAGUGAGCCAAGAGUUAAAAUUGAACUAUGGAAGGAAAGCCUGUAAAGAUUUUCCCAUGCAAACAAGAAAACCUUGCAUUUGUGAGAAGAAUUAGAGUUCUUUUUUUAGAAAAGCCAAAGCUCUUUAUGGGAUGGCCUUGGUCCUCUUCCCACAGUUCCCAAGCAGUGGAGUGCCUGAGGACUGCACACACCUCAAUACCAUGGAGAGGCAGAUGCAAAUAUCCAGCAUUCUCAGCUAUGGGAUGGAUCCUCCUUCUGCCAAUUCACCCCCAGCCACAGAGCAUCACCACCAAAUCCUGGCACUGUCAGGAACCUGCACAGCAACCUCCUGCUCCUCAAAACACAUUCCAGCCCAAAGCAACCACAAACGAUCACUCUGAACUUCCCCUGGUGAAAAAACGGUUGUGGAAAAGAUCAAUGAAGCAAAAAUUGCCACAGAAGAGAAGAUUCUUGUUCUGCUUUGUGAAGGUGGAGAAAGAAGCCUGGUUAGCCCAGAGCUUUAUGCAUUCCUCAUCCCAUAAGGGAAGGAUAAAGGAACAGCAUGGGCAGAUCUCUGCAUGAUGCCUGUGCAUUUUGACAGUCUAGUGGUUAAGGGGAAGGCUCUCAGUUCUAGAGACUCAGUUGGCUCAGUUCAUCAGUUUGACCCCCUCACACAGGCAAAAUAAAAUCCCUGUUUUAUGGAUAAAAAUGCAGGAUAAUCUGGGGAGGGCCAUGGGAGCAGCCAGGAGGUAAAAGCAAUCACAGUGCCUGGAGUGAUGCUCCAAACACACCAAAGCCUCUUCAAGUAAUGGCUCAGAACCAGAAGUGCUCCCAGAGAGCCUCCUGCCACCACCUGACCUGCAGGACCCCAGGGUCCAGCUGAUCCUGGCCCAAGAGGGGCUCCUGCUUUUGGGGAGCUGUUUGCAGGACCAUGAGGGACACUGAACUGUUUAUGAAGCAAAACGUGGCAAGCUGCCUGCUUUGUCAGAAAUCACAUCUAGUUUAAAGUUCCUGGUAACAAACUAGGGAAAAACAAUGUGAGGAGGUAAAAAGAUGCUGAAAAUAUUUUUGUCUGCAGUCCACAGAGUUGAAAAAAACGAAUACAGGAAAUUCUAAAGUAUCUGUUAAUGCUGAUGGAUGAAAGACUGCGUGUGACAUGGGAGGAUGGGUUGCUCAGAGCAAGGGCAGCCUGCAAAGGAUGUGAGGUUUUCAAAGUAACAUGAAAAACCACACAAAGGAUUUUGAAUUCACUCCUGCUACACACAGUGGCUGUCCUCAAGUGUCUGCUCUAUUUUCCACCACAUGCUUGGCACACCAGGCUGGUUACAGCCCAUCCUACAUUUGGGGUGGGAGCACACCCCCAGAAAUCCCCCUUUAUUUUUUUUUACCUUAGCACAGAAAACUCCAAUCUUCCCCCAUUAAAGCUGCUUUGCUGUUUGCUGACUGGGAGUGACUGUGAGAGCUCCCUGGAGAUGGGACUGACCACUUCAGCCCUGCUGACACUGAAACACAGUGGCACAGCCAUCAAUCCUAGGAAAAGCCAAGCUCACCAGAUCCUUGAGCUGGGACUUGCCUGCAUCUCCAGCCCAGAGCCAAGCAAGCCCUUCCCAAGUGCACUGCACAAAGCAAAUCGUGUGGCUUUGUAAGAAAAGUUUCAAACCCCAGCAUUUUCCUUCACUGUUGAUCUUGUCUCUGCUACCAUGAGAAGCCAAAUCCAUCCUGAUGGUGUCUGUGCCAUCAGCCCCACUUUGCUGCCCUAACUAGUUGGGAAGAGAAUCCCAGCAGGCUUGCAGAAAGCUCAGCUCUGCAGCCCCACCUCCCCUGAGAGUCCUUUGUAAGAGGCCACCUCAUCACCCACACAGCACAAGGACUCCUCAAAGGCAGCUUUUUCCUGGUGAACUUAAGUCACCCCUCACAGCUCUAGGGCAUUUGUACAAUGUCUCCAGGGUAUUGUCACUGCUGACACUCCCAGACUGGGCUUCCACUACCCAGGCCCCCACCCUGAUGCUGUGGAGCCAUUUGUGGCCACCCCAAGAGCUCCCACCACCACUGUCCCAAAGCAGGGGUGGCAGUGCUGGGGCUGCACAGGCACACAAAGCAGGGGAGCCCUGUCAAAUCUGCAGGCAGGAAGCAGCCUGAAAGCACCAAGGUUCUGGUGCAGUGAUGUGGUCAGUAAGACUGUGCUUACAGUGGUUAUAGCCCAUCCCACCUCUGGGGUGGGAAGCACAUCCCUAAAAUCUCCCUCCUCUUUUUUCCCCUUAGCACAAAAAACCUUCUCAAUCUUCUUCUGAAGGGUACAAGGUGUGCAACACGUCAGAGACACAACAGAGCCACAAGAACGACAAGCCCUGCGUGACAGGCACUGGUCUUGCUGCAAACAGGGAAAG